AUGCGCGACACCUGGAUCGACAGCGCCGAGAAGUUGGAUCGAGCCCUUAAAUACUGGAAGAAGUACUCUCCUUUCCAAAGCUAUAUCAAGCUUCAAGAUGCAAUCGACUCUCUGGGUACCGACGACAGACUAGUCGAAGCUCGUCCUGUGUACGCAUCGCGCUGGGUGCUCUCUCCUAAACAAGCCACCGGACCGCAGGAGGCGGUGUUUCAUACCGUUGGAGUUUACCGAUGGGGUGCGAACGAAGAAACCGGUAACUUCGUCCUGCAGGGGGAGAAGGCACCCUCCAGUGUGGCCGAGUCACGCAUAAAGUACGAGCCUAGUAGCUUAUGUCAAUUCUCGUACGCCCUUGAUACGCACCGUGACAAGACGAUCUGGGCUGCGCAAAAGGCAUUCGAGGAAUAUGUGAAGGGUGUUGAUGGAUUCAACAAGGCACAGAAGCAGCGCCGGUCGUGGCAAGACGGAAGCGGCGCCGAUAAACCGAACUCCUCGUUCGUUUUCAACUCUCAGAUCUUUGUCAAGCGCAACGCCACUACGAAAUAUCGGGAGGCUCAGAUCGAGUAUGAGCUUCAUCCCUGGAUCAAGAAAGUCACUAGCGUUCCCGGCUGCGAGUAUUUCGCCAACCCGGAUCGGCCUGCGCUCUUCGAGCUGCACCAGGGCACGCUGCGCAACAUCAAGGAGUGCAGUCCCCCGUACAUCAAGAAAGGCGAUCUCGUUUGGCUCAGCUUCUCGGCGGAGUACAUCAUCGGUGGAGAGGCGUGGUCUACGACCUUUGUUCCCUAUGAGAUCAUCCGCGUCGGAACCCUCUCCGCCGAUCUCGUCGGGGACGCGUUCGAUCGCUCCGGGCCGCCCGCUGAGAUUGUGGCACCUCGGCCGCGACUUAUGGCAGGGAUGAGAGUCGAAAUCGAUUUAGAUGACGACGACGACGAGAAUGUUGACGUCGCCAUGCACAACAAUGCGGCCCACCCUGAGCCAAUCGCCGCAGUGCCAGGUCCAAACCCACCGCAGGAAGAAGAGCUUCCCGAGUCGAAUGUGAUCUACUUGCGGCCCAAGGACGCUCGAACAUACGGAUGGGAGACGAACUACACCGCCAGACGUAGUCCGACCCCGCCGAUCAGCUGGCCUCCCAGUCCCCGAUUUGAGACUGACGAGGACGUGACCAUGUCAGAUGAAGAAGCAGUCGCGUCCGUUUCCGGCUCGCCGAGCCAUACCGCAUCGUCUUCCCCCGGUCCUUCUGCCCAUAUGGAGAUUACCACAGGCAGUUCCCUUCUCGACCCUCGCGCUUCGUCUCCCGAUACAACACCCUCCACCUACGCGAGUGCGAAGGCAUCCCGCGUCACCGUGUCUCCACUGCCUGUUACGGCUGCCACCGUCACGCGCCCGAUGGCGACCGUCCCCUCGACCGUUCUCGCGACGCCGGCUACCAGCACGGCAACGUCAGACACUAUCUUGCCAUCCACCACUUCCGCUCUCAUGGCGCCCCCACGUCUGACUGGCCUGCUGUUGGCUUCCCAGCCUACUACAGCACCGUCGUUGGUGUCUGCACAGCCGACGGGCGACUCAACCAUGCCCGCGGAGUCUGCGCUCCGAACGGCAGCCCGAGGCGCCCGUCGUCCACAGAAUGCUCGGCCUCUCUCCCCUUCGCUGCCAUUGCCCGGCUCCCUAGUCAUGAAUGAUCGCGCUGUCGUCGAAUCUCCGGCCAACCUUUCCUCAGAUCUCGUGACCACGACCACAGCAGCCUUCGGGACCCCUUCGACCGUGACGCCUCUUGGGGUCACAUCGUCACCCACCGCCUCGGCCGUCGUUGCAGCCCCCACCCCCACCGCGUCCUCUUCCAACGCUCUCGCAAGCUCUUCGAGUGCUGCGGUCCCGCAUCCCCCGUUGGCUUUGGCUUCGCGAAGCACUCGUCUAGUGAUCAAAUUGCCGGCUAUUCCUGAAGAUGACGAACACAACCGAGCCGAGCAGGCGAGCACAUCCGUGGGGAAGGGUAAGAAACGAGCAGUAGACCCGGUUGGUCAAUCAGCCGAAGGUGGACGGCGAAGCUCUGCUAGAGUAGCACGUCGUCGCGUAGUGUAA